AUGAAUACGAGCGAUCUUAACUCCCCCCAGCAUCCCCAGGGGAGGGAUACAGAUUAUGAAGCUAUAAGGGCUCCAUUCAACUUUACCCCUCAAGAAUACACUACUGACUUUGGUGCUUUCGCAAAGAAAUCAGCACACCGAAGAUCGGCCUUUUCGUUCCCAAAUGGAAGACAUGCUAUUUCGGUAGGGCCAGCCGAUCGAGAUUACACCGGUUCGGAAUCGACUGAAGCACCCAUACGUUUAAAUCCCCCAGUUUCUAGCGCAUCUACAUCACCAAACUCCUCUAUAAGCUCAGCCUCGCCAAGCCAGGUACCUGCCGAUUAUGCGCCUCCACUCAUUGACCUCGAUAUGGUCUGGAAUUCACAGAUUCCUCGUCCAUACACACAACAGAUCUAA